CUCAUUUCUUCCUUCCGAUCGAAGCCAACCUACCUCCGCCCGUUUGAGCUCGAGCGCAUCCGCCGAAACCGAGGACGACUCUUCUCCCCGCCGCCCCCGCCGCCGCCUCCUCUUCGGCCCAAGCGGAGAACCGGUGCUUAGGUUCAAAAGGGGUUAACCUUCUUUUCCAUGAAUAUGUAUUUUGAAGGCUAUGGUUACCGUGGAAGUACUUUUGAGCAGACCUAUCGCUGCUACCCUGCAUCUUUUAUUGACAAGUUCAAGUCAGUACCAAUACAAACAAACUAUGCUCAGUGAUGAUGCAUGAGUCUUUAUGCAUUACCCACUUCCAUAGUUCCAUCGUUCAUGGGAGACCGCCACAGCUUGAAUCUGGUGACAAAAUUAUCAUGCCACCUUCGGCACUUGAUCGUCUCGCGUCUCUGCAUAUCGAGUACCCUAUGCUAUUUGAAGUCCGCAACACAGCAGCAGAACGUACUUCACACUGUGGUGUCCUAGAGUUCAUUGCAGAAGAAGGCAUGAUCUACAUGCCAUACUGGAUGAUGCAAAAUCUUCUUCUGCAAGAAGGAGAUAUGGUGUUUAUAAAAAAUGCCAACCUCCCAAAGGGCACAUAUGUGAAGCUGCAGCCUCAUACAACUGACUUCUUAGAUAUUUCAAAUCCCAAAGCAAUCUUGGAAAAAACUUUGCGGAACUACUCUUGUCUAACCACUGGUGACAGCAUUAUGGUGGCGUAUAAUAACAAGAAGUACUACAUUGAUAUAGUUGAAACAAAGCCUUCCAGUGCUAUAAGUAUAAUUGAGACUGAUUGUGAGGUUGACUUUGCCCCACCACUUGACUACAAAGAACCUGAGCGACCAAAACCUACUGCUCCUCCCAGUUCUGAUCCUGCUGCAGAGGCUCAAGUUGAGGAGGAACCAAAGUUCAGCCCCUUCACUGGUCCUGGAAGGCGCUUGGAUGGGAAGCCUGCUAAAGAUCUGGAUGCGUCAUCCUCCUCGCCUGCAAAGCGACAAGCUAAUGCAACCAACAGUGUUCAGCCCUCAGCAGCUUCCACAUCACAGAGCACGGUGCCACGUAAAACCACGGGAAAGCUUGUCUUUGGCUCUGGUGGAAGCCAGUCAUCAAAAGGAACAGAAAAGGUGCCCGAGAAGGAUGCAAAGGAGGAGGCGAAGAAAGAAGAGCCGAAAUUUUCAGCCUUCACGGGAAAGAAGUACUCCUUGAAGGGUUGAAUAGCCAGAGUAUGUAUUUAUCAGCACUUCCUGUCACAAACAUCAUCAGGGCUAAGAGUCCAGUCAGCUACUGUUUAGUUUCCUGAUCCCUUGGGAGCUGGGGCAUCUUUCCGUGGACUACCAAUGCUUCUUUUCUGUCAACUGUGAUCCUUAUGUCAGCCGCCGUGGGUCAGUUUGACUGAUGUGUAAAAAGUAUUUCAAUGUCUGGUCAUGGAUUUUUAGCGAGCUACUCCACAUUGCAUUUGUCUGCGCUGUUAGUUCCUACACCAGCACGUUUCUAGUUGAUCA